AUCCAAUGUAAGUUCACAAAUUAUCAAACAUAUUCUAGAAUACAAUUGGGGGUUGAACCGCCAGUUCAAACCAAAUAUUUGUUGCUAAUAUAAUAAUUUAUACUAAUACUUGAUUUUCGACUUUAUAUAUGUAAUGGCGACACUUGUAGAACAAAGACCUUGUAGUGAAACUGAUGUUCAUAUUAAGUUAGUACCUACGUGGAUUAUUUUCAUCAUCUUUUCUUGUAAAUUUGAAGCACGUCCUUAUAAAAAACGCUGUAAAUUAUUAAAAAAUCCUCAGUUUUACAAGGACUCUCAAUAUUUAUCAAAUGAUGUCUUCAAAGUUAUAUUUUUUUCAAGUGAAAAUUAUCCUACAUGGAACAACAGAUAACCACGACAGCAGAUGGCCAAGUUGUCAUCCAACCUAUUCAAGGAGUUGCUCCUGGACAAGUUCAAGUGAUGCAGAUGAAUGCUGGACAAGUCAUUCAAGGGGCUAAUGGUCAGCAAAUAAUGGUUCAUACCGUACCAUCAGGUGGGCAAAUUCAAGUUGCAGCAGCUGGGGCAGCACAAGGAUUACAGCAAAUACAGGUGGUACCGGUAAGCAGUCUGCAGACAGGUCAGGUAUUAGUGCAACCACAACAACAACCACAACUAGUGCAGACAUCUGAUGGUCAAACGUUCCUCUAUCAUCCAAUGACACUAGAAGGAGGAGGAAUUCAACAAGCAACACCAACAGUUAUAAAUAUAAAUGGUAAUUUGGUACAAAUAGCGGGUACGACUCAGGCUACGACAAAUGGAGUUGCUCAAACGACGGUGGCGUCUCCUACAUCACAAGUGGUACCUCAAACGUUGACAGCAGCUACUUCGCCCAAUCAACUAGCUAUGGCUAACGGAAAUUUAGUCAUGGUGAGAAACACCACAGAUAUGGUCCCAAAUACUGCAGGCCAACCGUUCCAAAGGGUUCAAAUACCAGGUACAGAGUUCCUAGAAGAAGAGCCAUUAUAUGUAAAUGCAAAGCAAUAUAGAAGAAUACUCAAGAGAAGACAAGCGAGAGCAAAGUUAGAAGCUGAAGGAAAGAUUCCCAAAGAAAGACCGAAAUAUCUUCAUGAAUCAAGACACCGACAUGCAAUGAAUAGGAUAAGAGGAGAAGGUGGCCGUUUUCACUCAGGAUCAGUUAAAAAACGAAGGGAAGAACAAGAGAGGUUGCAUCAUCAACAACAGCGACACCAACAGCAACAAACGCAUCAUGAGGUUCAAGGUACAAUAGGAGUAUCGUAUGGUAACAUUGAAAUGGGUGCACCUAUAAUUAUAGAGGGCGUGAUGCCAGAAAUAAUAAAAACGGAUCCUUUAUCUGUAGAAGGAAAUUGAGUAAUAUAAAAUGAAUUCAAUUAUUUAUUUCCUCCCUAAGAUAAAUGUUGAACAUGUAAAUAGUUUUAUUGUUUUAUUUUGUACUAUUUAUAAUUAUUAUGCUGACUUUUUGAUCCAUUUAAUAUCUGAAUAUGUGCAAGAUAUAAACAUUUUUUUCUAGUGAUACGUUAAAAACGCAUCUUAAUGUUUCAUAGUGUUAGAUGUCAAAUUGUCAGGAUAAGAAACAGUUAGUGACCUGUUAGGUGGAUAUUUUGAUUUUUAUUUAAACUGUUCCGUGUAUAGGAGUAAGACAUUUUGUACAAUUGUUAAUACUUUUCGACUGAUCGAUUUAUAUUAGUUGUAUUUAGAAUACAUAAUUAGUUGUACAAUAAACGAAUCUUUAUUAUA